AUGCUGUGGGUCGGGCCUCAAAACGGACGAUUGGAGGCUCUAAGACGCUCCUACAUUCGCUUCCGCGGCGGCGCUGUGCUGCAAGCCGAGUUCGAUCGCGGCGCGGAGCGAGUGGCUCUGGUCGGCAUGACGCCUGGCGGCGCACAGUGCUCGCGUCUCGGCGUGUUCGUAAAGCGACACGAUCGGGUCGUCAACGGAAUGCCAUCCUACGAGAAGAAGGAUGGCGACCCAAGCGUGGUGAUGUGGUAUUGUGACGGGUGGAAGGUGGGUCAUGCGAAGAAGCAAGGCAGCAAGAGCUGCGGCAUCAGCUGCCCCGACAACAGCUUUGCUCCUGAGACCGCCGGCCGCUCAUGGCGCGUCCUCCUGCCGGGUGGUGUAGGCUGGUGUGAAGCACCCGACGUCCGCUGCAUCGCGGGCACCGCGCUGGACGAGGAGAGCAAGCGGCCAGCGGCGAAAAGGGAGAACCGGCAAAGGCACGACACCGCCGCCGGCGUCUCUGCAGGCCAGCAAGUGCAGCUCCAGAUGCAGGCGCCACAGCCAGCCGUCAUGAUAGAUCCAUCGCUGCUUGCUAGUAGCAUGGCAGUCGUGAACGACCUUGAAAACGUCAUGCUCCGUCGGCGAGACAACCAAGUAGUCGGUCGGAAAGUUAUUGCUCCCGGGACCGACCUGGCCGAAGGAAGGCAGCCGAUGCGUGACGCCACCGGCAAGGUUGUGCUCGAGCUCGAGUAUGCCUCUUCCAACUGUCACGGGUAUCAGUUUAGCGCGCGAUUGGUGACCGCCGACAGGUCCACGGUUGUCGCCGAGUUCGCGCGUGAUGCCACCACCACGCGGACGCUGAUGUCGAACGGCUUCAACUUCGCGCCGUGCGAGGUGACCAUUAGUGGCAGACCAUACGGCACGAUGUCAUCAAACUCGUCUCGAUUAACGCUGACGCGCGCAGACGGUAUCACUGGCCUUCGGGUGGGGAGGGCUCCGUCGACGCGCAUCUGCUGCGCCCCUUACGAGACGACCGUGGUUGCAACGAGACGAGACGUCCAUCGAGGCCACGUUGCCAGCUACACGACGGACAACGACUCGUGCGGGUGUGUGCCCAACACGGGGCAGCGGCGCGCCUGCCAGCUCGAUGCGGCCGCCGGCGACGGGUUGACGCGGCUCGAUCUGCUUCUCAUCUUCACGUUCGUCGCGUUGGAGGAGCUCAUCUCCAUACACGCAGCGUCGAAUACACACGUGCAUGAGGGUGUGGGAUGA